GAGAGCGUCCAGAGAUAUGCCCGGCGGGCCGAGCGCACUGGAUCGCCUGAUCUCGCGCCUCGGCGACGUCACAAAUGGCAUGACUCCAAACGGCGAGGAGACCCUCCUCGGGCGCUUGGCCGCCCGCCUCCGCCAACUCGAGCGCCGGAUCGACGACGAGUCGGCGGCGCUGCUCUCGCGGCUGACGGCGCGGGACGAGGAGCUGCUCCGCUCGGCCCGCCGGCUGUACCACGCCUGCUCGGUGGUGCCGUGCCUGCUCUACUACCUCCGCACCUCCGAGUCUCCCACCAAAUUCCCGGCGACCAUCUCGUUCACGAUCCGCAAGGGCGUGCCUCGCUGGACGCACCACGCGCUGUGGCUGGCGGGCUGGGCGUGCAUGGGCCGCGUCUUCCAGUCGGCAGGCUCGGCCGCGACGCGCCGCUUCGCCGCCGCCAUGUUUGCGACUGGAAUCUGGACAACCUUCAUCUUUCGGCUCGGCGGCGGGCUCUUGUCCGACGCGGCGCACCUGCUCGGCGCCGCCGCCUACAUGGUCGACCACGAGGCGCUUUCUUGCGCCGUCGCGCCGCCCUCCCGGCGGAUCGCCCUCCGCACUGUCGAUGAUUGAUGACAGUUCAUGAUGAACAGGUGCUGCUCCGCCUCUGGGCCGUCGCGCCGCCCUACCGCGCCGCCUUCCGCGCCUCGCUCGGCGUGCUGCUCGCCGCCUUCUGGCGCGGCCACCUGCUCGAGCGGAGGCACGGCAUAAGCGCAGAGUCCUUUGCCUCGCCUGCAGUGCGGCGGCGGCAGAUUGCGGCGGCGCCGCGGACUGCGCAGAGGAGCCUCUUCCGCGCCGACCUCGCCAUCAUGCUCUCCGAGAACUUGCUCUUCUCCGCCUUCGUGCAGGGCAUGCUCUCCGGUGUCGAGGCGCGGCGCGGCGGCGGCGGCGGCAGGAGUGGGGGCGGAGCUGGCGACGAGACUAGUGGUCGUUGCGAGGACGGAGGCGGCAAGGGCAAGGCCGUGGGAGAGUUUCGAGAGAUACUGCACCACUAGUAUGUAGUAACAUGACUAAAAUUG